AGUCGGACCGGCUUGAAGACGUGAAGUAUAGAUCGAGGCCCCAUUCAUAAAACCUCUCCAAUCAUGUGUGACAGUCGAAUUACAACUCCAUUCGUACCAGAUCCUAAUAUGGAAUUAGAGCAGAAAUUAAGAAAGCUGACAACAACCACCGUUGUAACAAUAAACUCAGGCGACAAUGUCAGCGAAUUAAAGGAGACGGAUUCGGAAAAAGAAACAGAACGUGAACAGGAUAAUACGAUCUGCAAGGAAGAACAAAUAAAAAGUGCUUUACAAGAAAACUAUAAAGGUAUAUUAAAAGGUUUAGGAGAAGAUACGUCACGACAGGGAUUGCUAAGGACACCAGAAAGGGCAGCCAAGGCUAUGAUGUUUUUUACAAAGGGCUACAGAGAAAACAUAAAAGAUGCUCUUAAUGAUGCCAUAUUCGAUGAGGACCACGACGACAUGGUGAUAGUCAAAGACAUUGAGAUGUUCUCUUUGUGUGAGCAUCAUCUAGUUCCAUUUAUUGGAAAGGUCUCCAUAGGCUAUCUACCAAACAAGAGGGUGCUUGGACUUAGUAAAUUAGCAAGGAUUGUAGAAAUCUACAGCAGAAGGUUACAGGUGCAAGAACGUCUGACAAAGCAGAUAGCUGUGGCCAUCACAGAAGCGAUACAGCCUUCCGGUGUAGGUGUGGUGAUUGAAGCUACACACAUGUGUAUGGUGAUGCGAGGGGUCCAGAAGCUGAACAGUAAGACAGUGACGAGUACAAUGCUUGGUGUAUUCCGGGAGGAUCCUAAAACACGUGAGGAGUUCCUCACUCUUACAUGUUCGGGCAGAUAGAUCACACACAGUGUAUCCCUGCUGCGCCGGACACAGCUCUGACAAACUUUGAGACACUGACAUGAUAGCCCUGCCUGCCCUGUAUUUCUGCCUGCCUGAGUUGUAAACAGAGAAUUAUACCAUAUUUAUGUGUGAGAGGUUAUAGAAAGGUUGUUUAAGAUGGAUGCCUGAUUUACUUGUUGCUCGAGAUGGAAUUAUUUGUGUGAUUGUACUGUUGUUAGGAUUGUUUUGAGAAGGAAUGAGCAUUGGAUGGUGUCUAGUAGAAUAUAUAUACACCAUUCUUGAUGCUCCAGGGGUUACAUUUACUUUCGCUCUCUGCACAGCAAAAUUGAAGGCAUACGACUAGACAUUUGAUUGGUGUCAGGAAUAAAAACCUGACCAGUCGCUAAGCUAAUGUGUUUCUUUUGAAGAUUACAGAGAGAGACGAGCAAACUCAAAGCCAGUCAACUUGACAGUACAGCGACUACAACAUUUUUUUUAUACAUCAAAGGAUCGAAGUUGUCUUUUCAUUUCAUUAAAAGGAUGACAGUGACUGAGUCUAAAAUUUUGUUUAAAAUGACCUAUUCUAACGAUACAGAGUGAAAGUGAAUGUAACCCCUGGAGUAUGGAGGAUGAUACUUGAAUUCUUGUCUUAAUAAUUGAUUUUAUGACACAUUCUGAAAUGAAGUUAUUUUUUAAAAAUAUCCCUUGAGUAUAAUUUCAUUGUUGAUAAUUUACAUGAUACAUGACCUUUGUUAAGUGAGUAAAGAUGUAUGAUGUGAUACAUGUAUUAAAAGAACUGAGUGAAAUGUUCAAACUAUCAAGGAUGAUAGUGUUAUGUAAUAGAUUUAGACAUUGAGGGUCACAAUGAGGGAUAUGUACAUACAGGGUUGUGGUUUUACCGUAAUUAUUAAUUAACAGAUUUAGCAUCCACUAUUACGGCCUUCAGCAUCUCAACGGACCGCUUGGUUCUGUUGCUGUGUCCUAGAAUUAUGAACAGUGGCCACUACAAUAUAUCAUAAUUCAGGUGUACAGUAUAUCAAAUUAAGGUUGAUCAUGGACUUAGUAUAUACAGUGUAUAUAUAUGAUCGUGGGUGGAUUUUUGUUUUUCCUACCUGCUCCCUUUUAUAACUUCAUAUAUAUACAUGUAUGACUGAGUGGUAUGUAGAUUUUAGGAAAUCUGUCAUUGAAUAUAAGCAUUUUAUUGAGUUUGUUUUAAAAUUAUAGUAUGAGUACAUUUACAUUUAUUUAAAUGUUUUCUAGGUUAAAGGAGUAUGUUUUCCUUUUAUUUUUUUUUAGUAUUAACAAAGUAAUCUCCCCUGGAUGAUUUCUGUGAUAUUUUGAUGCUCGCUGGUUUUAUUGGUUAUCAAUAUCUUAGUGAUUAAUGGGAAAAGAAGUAAAAAAUCCCAGAUUAUUUUCUCCGUAGGACAGAAGACAGAUACCAUUAUGAUUAAUAUGUCCUUAAAAUGCUAAUUGACUCCCAUGACAAUGCCAUUGUUAUGUUGCAUAUUAAUUGUUAUGUAGCAUAUUGUUAAAAAGUGAUAGAUUUGUUACUGUAGUACCAUUGUCCUUUAGCUCAGUUACGGUGACAAUAGAUUUUCAUUUAGCUUUGUCUACAUAUGUAGUACAGAAUAACACUGUAGGAGGUUUCGCCACUGAAAAAAUGUUGAUUCCUCAAUAUAUCCAAACCACUUUUGGGUAACACAUACAAGUUCAAAGUUCACGCAAAUGUUCAAAUAUAUGAUUUUGUAAGAACAAGUAAAUACAUAAUUUGGUGGACAAAACACGAGCUCGGAUUAUUGAAAGUUUAAAUAUGUGUCAUUUGAAUUGGUGGAAUUGGAACAUGUGGCAUUUUACCUUACUAUACAUGUACACGUAUAUAUUAGAAGCAUGUAGCUAAAUAUCUUUCUGUUAUCAUGUUAUGUCCAUGAGAAGUUAAGUUUCAAAUACAAUCAAGGGAACCUUGAAAUGGGAUUUUUAGAGGUGGGAACAUUUAAAAGCUUAAAAGAUUUGGAUUUUAGGACAGAAAGGUCAAGAAAUACAUUUGGAGAUCAAGAUUUUAGUCUCUUUUGUCAUGAUCCAAAUGGUGUUUUGGGUUGUCUCCCUUUGAACAGUAUACAAAUAUUGUGAGACCACAAUGAGAAGUACUGUAAACAUGGAAAUUAAUGUGAUGGGAAAAUUUACGCUAAAAAUGGGAAGUUCAUUCAGCCAUGAAAACUCUCCCAUGUGUUAUUUUGUGAAUUGUGGUACGUAUUAUGGAACAGGUGAAAAAGAAAAAUUCGCAAAAAUAACUCCCAUGCGUAUACAUGUAGGUGACCUAACUGGCAGAAAUAGUCAUGUUUACAGUGAUAAACAGUAGAGUUCUCUGUUGUUAUUUUUUUCUCUGUCUGUCUUUAAGGAGUUCAAAGAUUCCUGAUUCCCAGUGAAUUACAUUGUAUUUUAAUUACAGUGUUGAGUCUAGUCAUUAAUCAAAAGGCAUUCCAAUUAUUGUUAGGUAGACAAUAAGUUCAUGAAUUUAUUUUGUUUUGUUAAUUUUUUUUUAUAUAUAUAUAUAUAUAUAUUUAAUGUAUGUAUUGAGGAAGAUAUGUGUAUUUUGUAUAAUUUUAUUCUUGCCUAUGUUUCUGUUGUAAUGGUAACUUACAAUAUUACAAUAAUAGCAUUCCAAUAUGUUCCAUUUUGUAACUGUAUGAUUUUGAAAACAUUUUGAGCAUUCAUGACUGUUAACCCGGUUCAAAAAGUACAAAUGUACUUUAAUCUAAUCAUGUUGUUGUGUUGAAUAUUUAUUAAUCUAUACUUUUUUUUCUUUUUUUUUUUCCUUUUUUUUUUUUUCUUUUUUUUGUGAAUAAAGAUGUGAAAAAGGAAAGUCACAAUACCCUGUAUGUUGAAUUUCUUAAUAGAAAUAUUUAAUAAUUAUACAGCGAUACUUGAUACAGCAUUAUUAAGUGAAGUUGCUUACAUGUAAAUUACAAGUUCUAAAGGUUGUAACAAUUUAUUGAAGAUGAAAUAUUCCCUUUCUCCUUAAUCAUGACAAUUACAAUUACCUGGUACAUUUUGUAUUCAUCAUUUUAGUAAAAGUGGAAAGUAUGAGGGUAACCUUACUAGCUCAGACUGGUUAAAAUUUCCCUUUAAACUUUUAAUAGCAGAGUGUCUGCUUGGAAAGCAAGAAGUCGCUAGUUCAAGCCCCAGCAUGGUCUUGGAUCAGGCCAAAGAGCCUGGGUUGUGGUUCUCUUUGGAUGAAAGGCUUUGUAUAGGAGGAAGUAGUGUAAACAGUUGACAGGAUAAGGCCACCUUACUAGAUUAGGCUAGUGGGAAUUUCCCUGUAGUCCAAUGAUAGUAUGUUUGUAUAUAGAGCAAGAGCUUCAGCGCCCAGCAGGGGCAGGAUAUUUCUCAAUCACUCCUUUUUGUUACAGAAUUGUUGAUCAACUGUUAGCCCGAGUUUCCUCUGGCUCUGACACCUUGUCAUUGUACCUGGCAAGAGAAAUAUCGUGCUAAUCAACAGUAAGCUAUCGGAGACUGAGAGGCUUCUUUACAGUCUAUGUUUUGGUUGUCUUUGGGGGAAACGUCUGAAAUAAUAAGUUAUGUAAAAGUUUUAAGAGAAUACCCUGAAUUUCCCUUUAGUCUAAUGGUAGGAUGUCCCCUUGGAUAGUAAGAGUUUAAAAGUUAAAACCUUAGAACAGAAAGGUAUUAUUCUUUACUCCUUCCCUUUACAAAAGGAUAUGUACAGAUAUUAUGUAGGUCAUGCUGGUAUAUAAACCAUUUACAUGUAUCUCGAGUCCAUUAGAUGUCGAUUCUGGUUAAUCAUGGUCAUAUUGUUUUAUUUGUUGUUUUAACUGGUAUAUUUAUUGAUGUAUAAAAUCUUAUCAUGAGAUUAUUUAUACCAAUAUACAUAUUGUUGGAAGUUUUUUUAACAUAGUCCGAUUUUGAGAUCAGGUGUUGUCCAAAUAAUCAUUAAUUUUUGGAUUAUUUUUAUUUUAAAUGAGACUUAAGUAAUUUGAUGAUCUUUCAUCAUACCGUUGCAGUUUUGUGCUGAAUAUUCAUUUUUCACAAAUGGACCAUGUUUUGGAUGUUGAAUUCUAAAUUGUUGUAUGAAUAAGACUUCAUGGACCAAGAUUUUUUUAGUUUUUCAAAAAUUCAAAUGAGUACAAGACAAACAUUAUUACCUCCCAUUAGUUGACAGUUAUAGAGGUCAUUUUUUUUAAGUUAAAUCUUGAAUAAUCUCAGUCAUGCAGGAUUAACCGAGGAAAUAUCAUAUAUUUGAAGAUUUUUAUAGUAUAAGGCAAACAUCUACGAGAUUUCACUUCAAAACGGUUAUAUUAUCAUUGAUGGAGUUUUAGGAUUAUUAAUAUGUGGACAUGCACUGGGUUGGAAAUUUGUGCCAAUUCCUCUCUUAGACAUUCUCUAGUACAUUACAUAAACCAUCUAAUUUCAAAAUUGUACUUAAAAUAUUUAUUUAUAUAGUUACUUUUUACAACCUAUUUAGACCUAAAAAGACAUUUUACACAUUUAGUCAACUUUUUAUGUAUCGAGGAUAAUCUUUAUAUUUCAUAGUAUUUCGAACAUCACAAACUCUAAAUGCCAUCAAAACCAUUUUUGAAAUCACAAAAAAAUAAGGGGGAAGAUUCGUGUAUUAGCUCUUUGUCAUGAUCUGUCUAGCCAUCUCAUUAUGACUUUUCGAUGAAUUCAUGUUGGACAAGCAAGAUUUAUCUUCAGAUAUGUAGAUAAUUAAUCUAUUUUUUUUUUACCGUUAACUACAUUUGUUACCUGUAGUACAGGUGUGAGUGACUGAAGUUGCUCUUGACCAUAUUUAGUUACCUGUGAAUCGGUGUGAGCUAACAAAACAGGAGUGGAAGAAGGAUGAAAGUGUUAUAUUUACUAUUUAACUUUUGAGUAUACAGCUGCUCAUAUCUAGAGAAAUAUAAUUUUAUGAUAUUUAUGUUUGAUAUACUUUAAUAUAUAUAUAUAUAUGAUAUAUGGUGGAGAAAAUGAGGUACAGAAUUAAUUGUUAUAAAAUGUUUCGUGAAAUACAGUGAUUUAAACAAA